AUGGCUGAUAGGAACGAAGAUCAAAAGGACGAUCCUUUCCUCCUGCAGUACCAACCGUCGGAACUUCGAAUCGCGUGGGAAAAUUCUUCAACGAGUGGCUCCCUUUUCUUUCUCGAGGUCUAUGCCACAACUGCUCCAGAACUAUAUCAGAUCGAAUUCGCUCUCUCCAGCCAGAAAACCGCAGUUUCUUCAAUUGCGAGUGCUGCCAAAUCUUGUGAGAAUUGCGUAGAAGAUCACGAGGACGAGAAAUUUGAUCAGAAUUCGUUAGGAAGUUGGAAAGAUGGAGCUAAUGGAUGGUCUGAUUCGAUCCCGGAAGAUUCUGCUAUUAGGGGAUUGCUUGGUAAGCCGCCAGGAGCUGAUAAUAAUACCUCAGGGCCUCGUAUUUCUUGGGCGGACAUGGCGCAAGAAGAAGAAUUUGUGGAUGAUGAGGAACAACUUGAUUCAAGUAAAGAAGCAGCUGGUCUAGGUGGUUCUCCCCUGAUUACGAAAGCGGUGGAGAAGCCUCAGUUACCGAGGGAGCAGAGAGAGUACAUUCGAUUCAUGAAUGUGAAGAGGAAGAAAGAUUUUAUGUGCUUCGAGAGGGUUCAUGGCAAGUUGAUGAAUAUUCUCGACGGACUUGAACUACACACAGGUGUUUUCAGUGCCGCAGAGCAGAAGAGGAUAAUCGAUCGUGUUUUUGAACUGAAGGAAAUGGGCAUGAAAGGAGAGUUGAAAGAGCGCACAUUUUCUGCUCCUCAGAAGUGGAUGAGGGGCAAAGGGCGUGUAACUCUACAGUUUGGCUGCUGCUAUAACUAUGCGACAGAUAGAACUGGUAAUCCACCUGGCAUUCUGAAGAAUGAAAUGGUUGAUCCGAUACCUCAACUUUUAAAAGUUAUAAUCAGAAGAUUGGUGAAAUGGCAUGUUCUGCCUCCAACGUGUGUGCCAGACAGUUGUAUUGUCAACAUUUACGAAGAAGGGGACUGCAUACCACCCCACAUUGACAACCACGAUUUUCUCCGACCAUUUUGCACCGUAUCUUUUGUUAGUGAGUGCAAUAUUGUGUUCGGAACCAAAUUAGAGAUUGUAGGUCCUGGUGAGUUCUCCGGAUCAGUAGCGAUUCCUUUGCCUGUAGGGUCUGUUCUUGUAUUGAAUGGAAAUGGAGCUGAUGUAGCUAAACACUGCGUACCUUCAGUCCCCACAAAGAGAAAGAUGGAUGUAAAGAAAUGGCCUGUUGGUUAUGCUCCAGAGCCUGAUCUUCAGGGGAUAGAACCAUUGUCAUUUGAGAACAAGCUGAGAGGAAACAAGAGGCGGCUCCUGUAUUCGUGA